AUGCCGUCGGUUACCAUAAGCCCGUCGAAACUGCGUACUAAGUUCGACGACCGCUUCAAGGCGUUCAUGGCCCCUCGGCAACGCACCCCACCCAACACUCGAAAGCGCAAAUUACUGCCAGAGAAGUCUAGAGCCGCAGAUGAGUUGAACGAGCUCCCGCCGCCUCCCCCGCCACCGAAGGACCUGAGCCCCAAGGCGAGGAAACGCUACAUCGAGAGCUGGCAAGUACUCUACUCUGCCUUCGAGACGUCCGAGCUGGCGCGCACACCGUCCCCCGACUGGUCCUCGGACAGCUGCACGGGCCACUCAACGCGGCCCAACUUCUACCUCGCACGGCAGCUCCGUCCGUCACAAUCUAAUCUCGUUGAUGUCCCAGAAGACAUGAAUUCGGACGCCGCGUUGCAUUCCCAUUCUAGUUCCAGACCGCGUGCUGGUAACGGCACGGGUCCAGGUGCUGCAGGCGUGCGCCCGCAGACGGCUUACACACCUACUACCCCACCUGCACCCUCGCGCAUCCCGAUGCUGUCCUAUCGCGUCCCGCUCGCCCGCGGGCGCAUCCCCGAGCGCCGCGUCGCUUCGACGCCCGACGAGCUCGAGCUUAGACGCCGGGAGGCGCUGCGCCGCAAGGAGAGGGAGGAGGAGCAGGCGCGCCGGGAGGAGGAAGAGCACCAGGAGCGGCUCAGGCAGGCGAAGGAGGAGGAAGUGCGCCGCUACGAGCAGGAGGAGCGCAAACGAAAGGCGAUCCUCCAGUCGGAGCUUCGCUACGCGGCCGAGCAGCGCACACGGAAGGAGGCGAUGGAGCGCGAGGCAGAGGAGAAGCGAAGGACUACCCUGGAGGAGAGGAGAAAGGCCGACCGCGAACGCCGCAUACAGGAGACGCAGAAGCUGCAGGCGUGGCGAAGCGAGCAGGCCAAGCGUGCGCAAGAUAUCUCUGGCAAGCGUCAGGAGAUGCGGCGCAAGGUUUUGGACGAGAGGCGGGCGCUGGCCGCUCGCUUGAAGGCUGCUGCGACCACAACAGGUGGCCGCCAUGUGCUUUCGUCGGGCUGGGUCACUGUCCAGUCUGAGCAGUCUGGAGCAUGGAAGCGGCGGUACUAUCAGCUCGAUGAUGAGAAGCUAUACUUGUUCAAGAACAAGGAGGAGACCGACCAACCCCAAGAAGCAGUCAAAGUGUCCACUGUCGGAAGUGUCAAGGACUGGCAAGAGGGCUAUGAAGAGUUGGAAGGCGUGCCACAUUCUUUUGCCGUCGAAUUCGGAGAUGGUCGAUAUGCAUGGUCCAUGUACACGGAUUCGGCCGAGGAGAAGGAACACCUUGUUGCGGUCCUGAGCCAGAAUAUGACCUAA